CGUGAAGUCAGCAUACAGGGAGGCUACACAAGUGGAUGUGCAUCUUUAGAUGGCCCUAUGCAAAAGGAGCAGGCUAUCAUACACAAAGUAGACAGCUUGUGUUUCAACGGAAUCAAUCAAUUUAACAUUUGCAAUUAGUCAAGCCGGGGGUCGCUGACAGCUGAGCCGCAAUGGUGGAGAAGUCCGACCGGGCACCGCUACUGGACUGGGAGGAGGUUCCUCCCGCAGAGAAACCUGUUCCCACACCAGAACAGGAGAAGGACGUCAAGGGACCAAGCCCUGCCAACAAUCGGGCGUUGGGAUGCACUGCGCCGGGUAUAGGGUGGAGCACCAGUUCGGGGGGUCCUGGGUCUUUCACAUCAGCAGUCUCUAGCAUAGACACAUCCCUCUCAUCUAGGAGCACGGUCCCCACCCCUGCGGAAUGGGAUGCUCAGUGUCUUGACAAGGAUGACCAUACCCCGGCCCCAGGACAAGGAGAGGUGCCGCACGAUAUCAUGGUGAAAUGGGAGGAAAAGGAUCCGAUCGUGGCCGUGUUUGUGGUGACAUUUGAUACAAGAUCAGGUAACAUGUUAGAGUGGUGUCUGCCAGGGGACAUGAACCUGGAGGGAGUAGAGUUCAAGGCUAUGGCCAGCGGCUCCCACAGAGUCUCCAGCGACUUCAUAUACUUCCGUAAGGGCGGGUACUUUGGCCUGGCGUGCUUUGCCAACAUGGUGGUAGAGAGUGUGGUGGAGAGGGGGGCAAGAAUGAAGUCUGUGGGUAUCCUGUCAACCUCUUACACCCUGCUGUACCGAUACAUGAGCUUCCUGGAACACCAAGUCAGGCUCCAGUUGAAAACUCCUGGCCAGUACUCUCCCCUGGAGGCGUUCUUUGAGGAUAAGAGAUCAGUGCUGCCCCCCGAUGGGGAGAGUGUGGUUACUGCAUGUCCUGGCAGUGCCUGGGGAGCAGCAAUCAACCACUGUAUGCACCCUGAGAUGAAGAUCACCCACCCAGCUGGCUGCAUGUCUCAGUUCAUCCAGUUCUUUGGGGAGCAGAUCAUGGUCCUGUGGAAGUUAGCUCUGCUGAGGAGACGUAUCCUCAUCUUCUCUCCUCCACCUGUGGGCGUGGUCUGUUACAGAGUGUACUGCUGCUGUUGCCUGGCCAACGUGUCCAUCCCAGGGGUGGGCGUGGCCGUGCCAGAGUUCCGCCCCUUCUUCUAUGUCAACGUGGCAGACAUCGAUACCCUGGAUACGGAACUGUCCUACGUAGCGUGCACCACAGAGAAGAUCUUUGAGGAGAAGCGGGACCUGUAUGAUGUCUAUGUGGAUAACCAGAAUGUGAGGACGACCAGAGAGAGUCUGAAGCCUUUACUGCGGCUCAACACUGCAGACCGAGAGAAGUACCGCAGACUCACUGAACAGAGGCAGAUGCUGUUAUAUUCUCAGGAGGAGAAUGGAGACUGUGUGUCCAGUGAAGAGGACCACUUCAUUCUGUUUUUCCUUGAGCAGAAUAACCGUAUCUUCCAGACGCUCAGUGAGGUGGCAGGGAGCCCUGAGCCCAUCCUAACCCAGGAGAGUGUGAGGGCCAUGGGGCUCGACCCUCAUGGAGACAGGCUCUUCCUGCUCCACCUGCUGGAGACAUACGGCUAUGACAGCCUCCUGGUCACCGAUCACCCUUGCUGCAGCUGAGGCCUGGGCGGCACACUGACUGACAUACAGGGUCCUACACACUCAGACACACAGACUCAAUACAGACAGUCUGGAGUCUGGACUAUGAGAGGUCAGAAUACUUUGGCAAGGCUGAGACCAGAGCCUGUAUUCAUAAAGCGUCUCAGUAGUGCUGAUCUCAGAUCCGUUUAGCCUUUUAGAGCUCAUUGAAUAAGACAGGGGGGACCUGAUCCUAGAUCAGCAUUCCUACUCCGAUGCUUUAUGAAUAUGGGAGAAUGGAGAGAGCCACUGAACAAGAAAAGACUAAUGGAGUUUGCUUCUUGGUACUGUCCUAUGACAUUCAUGGAUGCUCAGUCUGGACUGUUAACCAUCGCCUUCCUGCCCGCCAAUAAAAUGUACAGUACAGAGGAAUGUCAUUCACGUCUAUCCCCAACCCUCUUUUUCUGGAGGAGUGGAGCCAACCACAAACAUCCUGGAACUCUGGAGAUUCUGUGCCUAUGAGCAGGAACUUACCAAGGAAGUCAUGCUUAGGUUUCCUUAUGUUUUCAAAUGGGGAGUUAAAUCUAAAGUCUGUGGUCAUGUCCUCAAACCGAGGGAGGAUGUGUCACUUCUCUUAAUAGGAUGUCUAUGUUUUUGAGAGAAGAAAUCGCCAAGCUUUUUGUCUGUAAAUAGAAAGGGAUCUGUAGAAUGUGUUUUAUUAUAAAAUGAUCCCAUUAAGUCACUGCUAAGCCCAGAACCUCUGUGGUCAGCAUUGUAUAGAAAUGGCCAUCAACACCAUCUAUAAUCAUUUGGUUUCUGGUGAAAGAGGGGUCUGGACUCACCAGCACACUUUCUUAUGAUGUCCAACAUAGAAAUGUAACAACUUUAUAUGACUUUAAAAAUGUACCUUUAAAUCACUGCUGUUUGACCAAGAGGUUUUGGGCUCAAAUCUAAACGUAUGCUUUUGUGUGUUUCCGCAGUUCUCUAUGUCAAAUACACAAAGAGUGAAAAAUGUGAAUGAGCUGCUGGCUCAAUGGUUAAAUCCCAUCCUUGACACCAAGAGGUUGUAAGUUCAAACCUAAUUUCCUAUACUGUCGUGUACUUUUCAGCAACUCGAUGUCAAACAUACAAAGAGUAUGGUAUAAAAUGUAAUGAAGGUGGUGGUGCAAUGGUUCAAUUACUGCCUUGAGACCAAGAGGUUCUAGCUUCAAACCUCGUCUACUUAGCUUUUGUGUACAUUUCCGCGACUUAAUUGUCAAACAUACAAAGAGAAGUGUAAACAAUGUGAUGGUGGUGUAGUGGUUCUAUCUCUACCUCAACGCUUAGAGGUUGUGGGUUCAAAACAAAAAAUGUCUGCUUUUGUGUGUGUUUCCGCAACUCUCGAUGUCAAACAUACGAAGGGAAUGGUAAAAACUACUGUUUCCAUUUCUGUUGAGGUUUAAAUUGUUUUGGGUUUGCGCCUCUGCAAUUGUGACUUUCAGAUAUACAAAGAAAAGCAUAUCUACAGUAAUGGACCAGUGGAGGCUGGUGAGGGGAGGACGGCUCAUAAUAAUGGAUGUAUUGAAGUUAAGGGAAUGGUAUCGAACACAUGGAAACUAUGUGUUUGAUACCAUUCCAUUCAUUCCGCUCCAGCCAUUACCACAAGCCCAUCCUCCCCAAUUAAGGUUCCACCAACCUCCUGUGACCGAGACACUUUACGUCAAUGUUGGUAAACUGUGAAUGACUGAGGGUGGCAGGUAGCCUAGCGGUUAUGAGUAUUGGACCAGUAACCGAAUGGUUGCUGGUUUGAAGCCCAAUACCGAAUAAGUGAAAAAUCUGUCAAUGCCCUUGAGCAAGGCACUUAACUCUAAUUGCUCCUGUAAAUCGCUCUGAAUAAGAGUGUCUGCUAAAUUACAAAAUACAUUUAAAUAAAAAUGUAAACAAAAGAAUUGUCUGGCUUAACAAAAAAAUGAUGCUCUUUAUUGAUUCAUCCGAACUGUUCACAUCAGAAAUCAUUACAUAAUUGACGGUGCUCCCGUCACAUAGGGAAGAGCAGGUAGCCACUGAAGGUGUAGUUAUUAGAAUUAUCAAAGAGCCUCCUGCCUGAGGGGAGACGCAUGUAGACCACAUCCCCCUCGUCCAGCUCUAGAGUCAAUGCAUUAGACCUGUACUGAAGAUCUCCAUGGGUACCAUAUUAGUUAUUUAACAGAACUCUCUUGUCAUUGUGGUAAAGAUAUACACACAUGAAUGUGAUGUGAGGUAAUCCAUGGCAGUGAAUCUGAUGUAGUAGACUCCUCUCACUGGUGCUGUGAAGAUACCUGCAUCAGAGGAGGGAGGGAUCAGCCCUGUUAAUACCUGGUUCUAACAUGCAGUCUUUGUCCUGAUGUUGUCCACAUUCUGAUUGUGCCCACGUUCUAAAUGACGCAGUGUGAUGUGAUCAGAUCUAAAGUGUAAAAAGACAAGAUGAGGGCGCAUGUUAAUAGCAGGUAUAAACACCUUCUCAGGUUACAAACAAGUGCAGCACUUCUGACUGGAAAACAAUACUCCUGUGCUGUAUUGGUUAUACCUGCGUUCUCUCUCUUCAGCUCCUCCCUCUCUCUCACUGACACUCCACCUGGCUUGCAAAGCUGUGAUUACAGGAAAGGACUCAUUAGUAAACUGUAUUGGUUAUACCUGCGUUCUCUCUCUUCAGCUCCUCUCUCUCUCACUGACACUCCACCUGGCUUGCAAAGCUGUGAUUACAGGAAAGGACUCAUUAGUAAACUGUAUUGGUUAUACCUGCGUUCUCUCUCUUCAGCUCCUCCCUCUCUCUCACUGACACUCCACCUGGCUUGCAAAGCUGUGAUUACAGGAAAGGACUCAUUAGUAAACUGUAUUGGUUAUACCUGCGUUCUCUCUCUUCAGCUCCUCUCUC